AUGAUAGCCAAAUCGAAAUUUGCCGGCAAGGUUCAGUUUAUGGGGGACAAACUGCGAAUGGACCAUGAGGUAGCCAAGGGUUUCUUCCAGAUGCCCAUUGACAGAAUGGUGGAGAAGAUUAAGCAACUGCUGGACGACCCCGUUAAUGCCGGCGUAGAGGCCAUCCGCAUGGUAGGUGGCUUCUCGGACUCCCCUCUCCUGCAGGACGCAGUCCGCUCCAACUUCCCGAAAUUGAUGCUCGUUAUUCCACCGGAGGCCGGUCUCGCUGUGCUGAAAGGCGCCGUCAUAUUCGGCCACAGUCCGCAGGUGAUUUCACAGCGCGUUAGCAAGUACACGUACGGUAUUGAGACUUGUAUUGAGUUCGAUAAAGACGAACAUCCGGAAGAAUACAUGUUUGAAAAUAACGAUUGA